CCUUGGUCCGAUUCACUUGUUUCUCGUGUUGUUCCGCCGUUCCACCUGACGAGUUACGAAACGUAAACUGUGGCCGAGUGUGGUUGUGGAUGUGGUGUGGAUUAACUGUGGAGUAUGUGUGGAUUUUGUGGAUUCUAAAAGAACACUUGUAACCGCCUAGAUGGAGGCCACGAUGGAGGAAGUCAUUAAUGAGUUCUAUAAGAAUAUCCUGGAUAAAUUCAAUCCAGGAGCCCGGCAGAUGAUAAAUGCAGGAAAGGCUUACCUGAAAGCGUUACAUGGGGCUGCGGCAGCUUCUAGACUCUACGUAGAAGCUAUCACCAAACUCGCUCGCCAGUCCCAGCAAGGAACAUGGGGCGGUUCUUCGGAUAUUGGGGCUGCCCUCAUGAAAAUGGUUGAAGUUUACAAGGAAAUUCAGGCACAGCAAAUGAAUAUUCUCAAGGCCUUCUAUGUGGACCUACUCGUACCUCUUGAAACUAAUUUGGAAAAGGAUACCAAAGUUGUACAGUCAGAACAAAAGAGGUUUUUACAACAACAUAAACAAAGGUCAGAAACCUACAGUAAAGCUGCGGCCACUAUGAAGAAGCAACGGAAAAAACGAUCUACAAAAACGGGGCUCGCAAUGGAUAAGGAACUUAAGAGUAUGCAAGUUUUGGAAGAGGAGAGAUCAAAAUUGGACGCAUUUUGUGAACAAAGCUUAAAAAAUGCUAUGACCCAAGAGAGAAGAAGGUAUGGAUUUGUGCUGGAGAGACAGUGCUCCCUGGCUAAACACUACCUGGCUUACCACACGACCGGCAUGAACCUAUACCAAGCUCACCUAGACAACUGGACGGAAGUGGCCAAGACUCGGGAGUAUCUGCCGGAGUCUGUCGAAACCAUGUUUGCCAACCGACUCAGGCAAGUGUCUUUCUGGUCGGACGAUGACACAGUUCAUUCUCCGAGUCGCACUAUAGACGAUGAUCGAAUGUCCAUCUCUUCUCAACUACGCAAGACCAAGAGUAUGGACGCCUCGUGUCUUGACGUUAGAGCUAUCAACGACAUUUCCAGUCCGACACUAACUCAUCAUUCACUUACCAGAGCAAAGUCAGACUUUAACUUGACUGCUUCCAACCACUCCCUGGCAGCAGAUCACAGCAGUUCUCCCUCCCCUCGCCCCAAGAGUCUGGCUGUAGCAGACGAACACAACAACUGGGACACCCCACUGGCCCGGGCCAUGUACGCUUACCUCAGCAGCGGCGAGAACCAACUCAGCUUCCUGGAGGGAGACCUCAUCGCACUCAUGGGUGAUCGUAACAAAGGUUGGCAAUUCGGAGAGAAUCUGCGAACUCAGUGUAGCGGAUGGUUUCCUCUCGCCUACACUGAACCACUCAUUGAUGAUUCUGUCACGACUACGUCCUCGCCCACACAUCGCAGACAGGACUCUGUAGCCACAACGCCUGGAGGUUUCUCUCUCGGCUCACCAGGUGGCAGCAGCAGUGCGGGUAACAACCACCCUCCCCCCUCUCACCCCCACCCUUCUACCACUAGACAGUUUGGAGAUACCCUUGCUUAUAGGCAGACCCAGAAUCGACCCACGACCGACUCCUCUUUUAGCGCAGGACCUCCUGGCGUCCCAGCCCCCGUGGCACCUCAUCCCCGGAGCAGGGCCCCGCCACCACUGCCACCCCUUCCACCCCAUCCUACAACACUGCCCGUGCCCCGGCAGCCGAGCGGUGCCAAGCGUAACGUGCCCCCCGCCAACGCCAGCCUGCACAGUUCAAAUGACAGUGGCUUCAGCAACGACCCACCCCCCGCACCCGAGGUCGACUAUUCUGAUGAUGAACAGAGACGAACCACUACAAUGAAAAAUCAGCGCAACAAACAAGAAAAUGGCCACGUUCAGAAUGGAAAAAAAGAGCUUGCUUCGGUCCGGGGGUGGUUGAGUGAAGCUACCAACGAGUGGUACACCGAGAAAUCCUCAAAGUCUCAUCGUCCCUUGAGGCAAACAUCCAGCGUCGGAGUGAUUACAACUCUCGGACGAAAAGGCGACCCUGAGACAAAAGAGAUGGCAUUGAAGUCCGUUGAGAUCCCUUACGAGAAGAAAGUUAAACGUACAAAAUCUCUGUGGAAGUUUCGUAAAAGCGAGGACGUCUUAGAGGGAAUGGCCCUGUGGAAACAUCGUUCACUCGUGGAUGUCACGGACAUCGCAAAAGAGUCUGGGACGCCUCUUCCGGGGAAGAAGAGUUUAUCUUUGAGCAAAAGUUUGGAUGAUGACACUGAAGACGUUUCAGAAGAAACAAUCGUUAACGGUGAGAGGAAAGAUGUCUCGGCAAGACGGGGAAGUGUCGAGACCUCCUCAGAAAGUGAGAUGGAAGAUAACGAGUCAUGCAUUGUUGUGGACGACCAUUUGAAAGCACCAAAGGCGACACUGCUGCCGAGGACGAGGUUGAUAAGGAGUGCGACAAAAGUGGAGCCGAGGAAGGAAGAGGAGCGAGUUAGGAGGAAUGGACGGACUCGACCUCAGAACGACCAGCCGUGGUUUGACCCCUGGGACAAUCAAUGAAGCAACAUGUUUGCCACCGUGAAGUUGAGGAAGACCAAAACCAACGACAGGUCGGCCCCCGUGAUUCUCUGAACCAAGCUGUAGACUGUUAGGCAGUCUACUUAGCUUGGAAGUUGGAACUGUGCGGCCUUAUCAGAUACAGGGUGCUCCAGAUCCCCUUAUCAGUGAAUCAGUGUACACAUGACUCUUGUAAAAAUAACAACCAACCUCUCCCUAGUUUUGGGCAUGAAAAUUAUUGUAAGCCUGCUUUUGUGAAAGAUGGAUUCAACGUUUUAUCAGGAUGCAAAAACAGUUUAAAAAAGCAGAUUUUUUUAGUUUAAGUCUUAAGUCUAAUUUUUUUACAUACUAAAUCAAUAUACCGUCAAAUAAAUCAAUUUUAUAACAUAGGAAUUUAUUAUGAUGGGAAUUUUACAAAAAAGAGUAGAGUACAAUCAGAAUUCAACAAUUAAUUUUAACAACUAAUUAGAUUAAAUUAUUCAAAAUCAUGUAGGGUUUUUACUUUAAUAUUUCUAGCCAAUGUAAGUGUUUUGGACUCCAUUGUCUUACCCUGCAGUAUUGUGUUAUGCUUUGCUAGUACAAACGUUUACUCUGAUUGAAACAAAAUACCAAAUGUCUUUAUGUUUAUUGUUUCUCUUUUUAACUCAUUGUUGUAAGUGUAUUACAAACAGUAUAAGGUACUUAUUUGCAAUUCCACUCAUAAGUUAUUAAAUUUAUCUUUAAAUGUUUUUCAGUCCAUAUUAUGAUUUUAACCUGGUGUUUGUAGAUUGAAUUGAUUCAGAAACAGAAAUAAGGGAUAUUGCGAGAAUGCUUCCUUCAUGACAAAUUAAAAAAGAAACGGAAUUCAAUUUUAAUUUUAAAGCUAUUGCAACCGAUGACUUGAUCAAAGUUUAAAAACCUGUAGCUUUCAUUAAAAGAGUUAACAUUUUUUGUAAAAUAAAAUUAACUUAUUAUGAUGAUUCAUUUUGACCUAUUGCUACACCAACAAAUUUUAUCUUUUUGCAAUACUCUUAGAAAAUUUAAUUAAAAAACUAUGACAAUUAUUUACAACAAUUUCACCCAUCAAAAUUUGUGGCCAGUUUUUUAAAGAAUCCAUUAAGCUUUUAGAAUAAGUUAUCACAAAUCCCUUUUCUCAGAAUAGGCAGAAUAGGUAUUAUGUUACCUUUUGAAAUACAUUUCCAACAAUGAGGAAGAAUGGUUUCCACAAACAUUUUGUUCAUUACUUCUAAAAAAACUUAAAGUUUGCCGACUUUUGUUGUCUGUGUUUUUAAUUUCAUAUAAGUAGUAAGAGUUUUAUUUUGUAAAGAUGCUUUUCUCUGUGUAGGCUGUAAAAAAGUGUUCUUACCCAGUUCGGUUUUCUUUUUGACAACUAUGUUUCUACUGUGGUGGAAUAUUAUUUGUGUCAUAACCGUAGGUAUAGUUUAGGAUUUAUUUUAUAAUGUAUCAAGCAGAAAGCAUUAGGUAUCAAUAAUUUUGCUUCUGAUAAAGUACUUUUAGUCUGCUUAUAAAUUUAUAAAUUAUCUUAAUUAAGUUACAGGAACAGUAAUAAAUAUUUUGGUUGAUUGACGGUUCAAAUUUUGAUACAGAAAAAUAAAUAGCUAUAGAAUAACUUAACUCCAAUGUUUUGGGGUUUGAAAAUGGAUAUAAAAAUCAUAACAGAUCUGUAUCAAUAAAUCUGUUUUAUCUUAAUUUAAUAUAGGGAUUAUUUAGUUUUGUUGCUUCAAACGUUCUGUUACACUUAUGUGGUCUAGUAUAGUAGGUAAUCACUUUGGUUACGGAUAAACAACAAUAUCUUCGUGCCCUUUCAGUUUGGAAAAUGCAAACAAAUAGCCUACUUUAACAAAGAAAAUGUAUACACUUUUCACUUUUGGGCCUAUAUUGUACUUCUAAAACAAAUAUAGGUACAUCAGUAAGCACUAUGUAAUAGUUUUGGUUACCUUAAACAUUAUUUCAUCACAAUCUAUUUUUAGGGCUUAUUGCUGUCCUAAAAGUCUUAAUCAAUGAAAGUGUGUGAUUACUUCUCGAUAUGUGUUGCAUUGAUACUUAGUACUCAAGUCCUAACCACAUUUUUAAUCACAUUUACGACAAUGCUUUCUGCUUCGUAAGAUUUUCAAGCCUGUAUUUAACAGGUUUACCACCUUACAUUGCUCAUACCUUAUAUAUUGUAGACUUGUAAAUAUAAGGUCUUAAGGUGUAAUUUAUAUUUUUUUAAUUACUAACAUUAACAUUACGAUCACUGCAUGUAUGAUAACCUCACGUAUUAAUUAUUCCGUCCUUAUUUAGAGUAUUACUAAUGUAGUCCACAGUUAGUAGGUUAAUGUUUGUACAGAAAUAUGGGCUUAAAGUUAUUGUUUUGUUUAAUCGUUUAAUCUAGUCUGUACGCUUUCUUGUUUUUGUUACGAAGUGCUGCAGUUUUGUAACUCAACAUAAUGGCUGGAAAUGAAAUUAUUAGUUCUCAAAGUAUUUUGAUGGUUUUCAGAUUCCAGUUUGAUGGUUUAUUGUUUGCGAUUUAUUUGUACAAACUUUUCUUUAAAUGUUGCUCUAGUGUAUUUUUAGAACUGGUUGAGAUUUAGAUGUGGAUAGAGAUGGUAUUUUUCAAAUAGUUAAAAACUGUGUAAAUUUGUAUAUAUUGUUCACUUGUUUUAUAACCAUAUGAGACUUUUCACGUGUAAUAAACAGUAAGAGAUAUCAAGUAAUAAAUCACGAUAAUUUUGAUUUACAUAAAAUUUAUUAACUUUGUUCAUAACAUAGUUAUUUUCAAUUGACUUAAAAAUUUAAAUCUGCAAAGUCCUUAUUUUAGUACGGAAUCAUAAGAUAUGAGGGUUUUAGUUGGAUUAGGCCUACUUCUCAUAACCACGCAGAAAUCCAAAAAGCCUAAAAAUUGUUCUGAGUACCAGUCAAAUCCAACAACAGAAUUAAAAUUUUAGUAACUUUAUGUUCUGCCGUAAACAAAUGAUAAUCUAUAAUAAUGAUGAAUUUUGUUAUACGGCAUGUUUGGGCAGGUUUGACUGUAAAUGGAGGUUCGUCCAUUUAAAAUUUCUAUAAAUAAACUAUUUGAAGUCAUUAGUUUAAUAAAAUAAUACAAAACCCCGUUAAAUCUCUUCAAAACAUUGACUGAUGUCCCACAAAGAUUAAUUUUAUUCCACAGCCUCUAAAACAGCCAGUUUAUGAAUAAGUAUUAAGCCUAAGAACCAUCUAAUUGAGUAAAAGAACACAGUAUGUUGUUUAAACACAGUUAAUUCCUAAAAUGUGCCUUUUUGUUUUAUGCACCCAAACACCCAAUAUUUGCAAAAUGUUUUGAAAACUUUCAGAAGUUGCUGAUUUUAUUAUGAACAACUUUUUAAUAUGGCAUUAAGUGAAUUAAAAUUCACGUACAUUUGUAUAGAUAUAGUUUAUAUUUUGUAUCGUGUACAAUUCUGUAGAAAAGAUUUUCCACUAAUACUAAACGUUCUGUAGAUUAGAAAUAUUGUAUAAGAUUUAACAUGUAAACAGUGAUUAGUGGCAAUACUGACGCAAAACUAUCCAGAUAUCAGUAGUUUUGCAGCAUUGCCCCUGGAUUUAAAUCUUGGUGUAGGGAUUAAAGAUAUUAUUUUAAUGAAACAUUAUUUUUAGCUUUGUUAUAUUGUUUACCCAAAAUGUUAUGUCCAAAUAAAUAAAGUAGAUUGUUGAACUUGUA